CCAUUGAUCUUUUAUGCAAUCAAACACUAUCGUUUCCAUGUUCACGAAUGUCAUCAUAACAUAGAUUUUGAAAACGUUGAAGUCGUCGGACAUGAGGCACAUUACACCCCUUGGCAUGCUCCAUUUGUUGCUUGUCCCGGUUCUCAGCUCUGUCUUUCAUUGGAAUCUGUUCUGCAACUCCUUCAUUGUUAUAUGUGAAUUUAUGAACUUUGAAGCCUUCCCUUUUAGCCAUAGUCUCGAUGCUCCUUAUAAAGCCUUAUGGAGGAAAUCCCUCUCAUGCAGAGGCAAGCUUUUCUUUAUUAGCUGAAUAGAUAUGUCAUUGUCGUCUUACCAGAAGAAACUCUGGGCAUAGGUAGAGUCUUCUGUCAUUUUGUCUUGUUAAAACGUGGCUUUGAUAUCGCCCUGGAGCCCAUGAAUCCUGAAAUGUCCCUAUCGAAUCUGCACAGCACUCCGGGUAGAUUUUAUAUUAGUGAGGUUCGGUCUCUGAAAGAGAAUGCAUCUACAAGGACUUUCCGUCUUUGCAGAUUGCAAACAGUUGAAAAAUGUUGGAAUUUUGUUGCUUCUUUUGGCUCGUUUAGAUAAACAAGUCGUAAUAGGGGAUAUACCAUACACGUCUAUCGCCUUUGGGUUUGGCUUUAAACUCCCAACUUGCUGUUGAACCCGAAAAAAUCUCUUAGUCCUGUACUUCUUCUUGAGACGCACCAGAGGCGGUGUAGGCUAGUUGAUAGCCUCCCACGCAUGACCAUUCGCUAUCCCAUUUAUCUGAUAUGAAAUCUACCAAAUUUGAUGGAAUUUUCAAUGUAUAUAUUUCUGGAUUUAUUCCAAACACUACAAGUCUUAAUUGAGGACCCUCGAGGGCCUUAAGUGUCCUAGAAUAAUUUCUUUUAGAGGCUAAAGCAUUUAUGUGACAACUUAAAUAUAUUGUCAAUAAUAUUCUCAGCACUUAGCACUCAGUUAGCCUUCUACGCAGUCAUUCUUUUGACUCAGCACGUAACGAGCGAAAAGGAUCGGAAGAAUAUCUGCGUAAGAGGCUACUUAUAGUACUAUUCUCUUUCACGCUCUGGGAACACCUAAUGUUUUUUUGUUUUUUUUUUUUCUUAUUUCCAAGUCAAGAGAGAUAUCGUGUCUAAGCAAUGGUUAUUUUACUGAGAACAAUCCGUUGCUAGAAGACGUGGAACAACCAAUACGAGGCAGUCAACGGUGAUAUAUUUAUUGAUCCCCAUUCCCUUCUCAUGGGCUAAUAUCUUGAUCUUCGUCUUAAAUAAAAUGACUGUCGUCUUAGGCUAAAGAACAGGAUUUCCUAAAUAAACAAACUUGACGAAUACAAAGGGAAGAUCACGCUCACCGAGCCAAACAACGUGAAACAAGAAGAAUACGCGAGGGUGGAUGAAUUGCCUAACGUCCCGAACGACCAACGCAACAUGAUUUGAUUAUAGCAGGUAGACAUUGUUCACAGGUCUUCACAGAGUGUGCAUGACAAAGAUGUGACCCGCUAGAGGAGAUUUUAGAAGAAUUUUCGGGGGUAGGAUACUAUUUCUACUAUUUCAAACGGAACUGAUGUACAACUGUCGAAUAUUUUGCCUCGACAGAACAGCUGAAUGUUCCGGAAUACACAUAAAUUAAACUUCAAACAAUAGUCUAUUUUACCUGAAUUUUUUCUUUCUAUUGUUCAUGCGUAUUAGCAGUAUUAGCAUGCAAAUAUAUUCAUUCUCUAUUUUCCAAUUGCCCAAAAUUCACUCUGUUUUCCCCCCACAUUUUGCAUAAACUUUUGUUUUGAAAUGCUCAUAGGAAUAUGCAGACCUCCCAAGAACAUUUCACAAUAGUUUACCGGCAAACUUUGGGGGGCAAACAGAGUGAAUUAUGGGCAAUCGGAAAAUGAGAAUAUUGUACCGCAAGGUCAACUGUGUUUGUUUACGUGAUGCUGAAACAGUCACCAAAGCAGCCUUACGUGUUUAUUUAUUUAUUUAUUCAUUUAUUUUUUUAUUUUGGAUUUUUUGGCUAUCAGCUGCGCUAUUCUCUCGUAUUCUGUAGAAAAAAGCUAGCAAAUAGCUUAGUUACAUUAUCAUGAGUUUCUCGCCUCGCCUUACGCUAGUGCCACGAUGUAAUCACAUGGUUUCGUUUUACUUAAGCAUGCGAAAUUAUAAAUGAUAAUUUUUCCCUUCUCGAUAGGGGACGACAAUUUUUUAAUUGUCGUCGAAGAACAUUAUUUUGACCUUUGACCAAUCAAUUCAGCAAUCGGUCUAACAAUAAGUCAAAUACACUCCAGCUAUGUUACAUAAUAUCGUACCCGCGAAACUGGUCUAUAGUGUUAUACGAUUUUUCGCCUCGAUCUUUGAAUUAAAAAUCUGAUGGGUGCACUCGGUUUGGGCAACUAUGUUAUUUCACAAAGGAUUACACCUAAAACAAUUAUGUGCAAAUGUGUAAUUUUCUUUUGUGUUAUCGGAGAGCUUCAAAGUCCAAAUGCACAGGCAUGAAACAUACGGUUUAGUUAUUCAUAAAGUCAGUUGACGUGAGACUUCUCCACGCUAUCUUGUUGAGCCUCUUUACUUAUACAUUCAAAUCCGCCAGUAGCGUUUAAAUUUCAAUUUUGUUUUAGUUGGAAACUGUCUUUAAAACUACAGGUCACCGUUUGGAGACCUUGCGCGCGACCAAAAUUGAUCUCAUAUGGAAAUAGCGUCCAGAAACGUCAGUCACCAUUGUUACAUUAAAAUGUACAAGUAGCGAACUUUUGUCUGGGGAAACAAGAAGCUCUUAACUUGCUGUACAUUUAAACAACGAAAAAUAUGUUUCCAAACAGGUAGACUGCCUAUAAACAUACCUUGAUUAAGAUAGGUUGCCUGGACGCCCUCUCGAAAGGGUAAAACUAAUAAUAAACCACCAAUGGGAAAAGGUAGUCUACUUUUUUUUGUGAUGUGGAAUUCGUUUACGGUGUCAAAGUCUGUAUGCAAAUUUGAUUAUAUAACUAAGGGUUAUUUUGAUGCGUCGAGAGAACACCGGUAUAUCACGUGGAUCAUCAAUUCCAUUUUUAUAAAGAGUUCACCGCACUACAUGUAGCCUAAUUAAAUGCGAGGUCUUCAGUUCGACAUCGCUACGGUUUACAGAAUGUUAACUGAGACUCCCUCACUGCUUUCUUCAGUUGUUAACUAAUCAGCCAAUCAUUAGCAGCGACAAGUCUAGCAGAAGUCAAAAUGACCGAGAUCACCAGAGCAGAGUUAACAGCACUUGACGAAAGCGUGAAAAUUUUGAGCGCAAACCUUGAUCAGCUGUUUUUAUUGGUCAUGGGAUGCUGUAUUUUCUAUAUGCAGGCAGGGUUUGCUUUCUUAGAGGCCGGUUCAAUUAGAUCAAAGAACACAACAAACAUCCUGAUCAAGAAUGUCUUAGACGUAUUUAUUGGUGCGGUAUCUUACUGGUUAUUCGGAUACGCCUUUGCUUUCGGAGCUGAAAGCAAUGGGUUUAUUGGACACAAGUAUUUCGCACUAGCAGAUUUGCCAGUCGACCAAUACUCUCACUGGUUUUUCCACUUCGUGUUUGCGGCAACUGCGGCAACAAUUGUCAGCGGUGCCAUGGCAGAGAGAACGGAGUUCAGAGCUUACCUUCUGUACUCUGUGUUCCUAACUGGGUUUGUGUAUCCAAUAGUCACUCACUGGGCAUGGGAUGAAAAUGGCUGGCUUUAUGUUGGUGUCGAAUAUACUAAAGACAAUGUGACCAUGGCUGUUACAUACCAGGAUUUUGCAGGUAGCGGGGUUGUUCACGUCCUUGGUGGUUCAAUUGCUUUAGUUGGAGCAGCCACUCUAGGUCCAAGAAUUGGAAGAUUUGUUAAUGGUUCCCCUCAGAUGAUUUUAGGCCAUACUGUCCCGAAAGCGGCCCUUGGAGGAUUCAUCCUGUUCUUUGGUUUCCUGGCAUUUAAUGGAGGUUCCCAGGGGUCCAUUUCCAGUCCGGGUGAUGCAGACAUUGUGGCCCUGGCCAUUGUGAACACUGUCAUUGGAGGAUCCGCAGGUGCAUUGACCGCCAUGAUUAUCAAGCGCCUAGGAUUUGCGGAGAAACACUGGAGUUUGCUUUUUACCAUUAAUGGUGGACUUGCUGGAAUGGUGUCCCUAUGUGCAGGCUGUAAUGCUGUCCACCCUUAUGCUGCUUUUGUUAUUGGAAUCAUCGCUGGAAUGGCAUACGUUGCUUGGAGUACUCUCAUGUUGCGUGUAAGGGUUGAUGACCCCCUGGAUGCUGUGGCUGUUCAUUUCGGUGGUGGUUUCUGGGGAGUGCUGGCGGCUCCAAUAUUCAACAGGGAAUCUGGAAUCUUUUAUGCUGCCGACGAACAUUCAUUCCGUUUGUUUGGGUGGAACCUCCUGGGGCUGCUUGCCAUCGUUGCCUGGUCUGUCGUAAUGGCUUUCAUUUUGUUUUUUACUUUGCGACUCACUAAACAGCUCCGUGUCAGGGAAGAAAUCGAGUUGAAAGGUCUUGACAUACCCAAACACGGUGAGCCCGCUUACCCACUGGCCAGUUAUGGUGACGGCUGGGGAUCUAGCAAAUCCCAGGCAGGAGAAACAAAGGACUUGCACCAACAGCCAAAGUUUGAUUCACCUCAAAAAGGAGGUAGCCCUAACCCAGUCCAGAACGGCCAACCUAACAUGCCUGGAUCUCAAGAUAAUGUCAUCGCUAAUCCUGUCAACGCGCACUCAUAUAUAACAGCAAUCUGAACACCUUCUCCCGUACAAAUAUCUUUAGCUGACAUUUUCAGCAAGAUCUACACUAGGGUUGUUUCAACGGGAAUGCUGCGUAUAAUUCUAACCCGCUUUAGCAUAGACAGGUAACUCCAGCACACGCCUAUCUAGAAUAGCGAUCACUUCCAUAUUAACUUUACAGCAGUAUUUCUUAGUUACGACCAGGAAAUUAUCUCAGCUCGGCUACUGGCUACAUCAUUAGAAGAGCAAAAGCAAACAAUAAGAAAUGUUGUAAUGUACGGCUUAGAAAUGUUUAGUAAUGAUUUACGAUUCAUUUAUAGUAGUUAAGGCUUGCUAACAAAGAUAAAAGUUGAUUUGCUACGCAUAGAUGAGGAUUGAGAGUUGUAGAAGAGACAGCAAAGGACAAAGCGAGAGCUAGAAUCAGCGCUAGCGCGGAUGAAAUACUCUUCUCUGCAGCGUGAUUGUAGACGAAACAGGAAAACCAAUUGACCAUGCGCGGUUAUCAACAGACGGGAGCCGGUUUCCCUACUAAUAGAGCAAGUGAGGAAGAGGGCUCAUAGUUACCCAGAACUCUUGCUUAUUGGCCUUGAAGGUUAGAGAAUAAAAUGAAAACUAGAUUAAACUGUCCAUCAUGACAUGUAUUUACCGCUUUUAGGAAUGCUUGAUCUCGAGGGUAAACAUUAAUAGUGCUUCAAGAAAAAAUUUUUAAAAUACGCCAAAGCAAAUAUACUAUUCUACAUAAGUUACAUCUUGAUGGGAAAAUAAAAAGGUAUAUUAUU